AUGGUACCAAAUAGCACCAAGAUAGUCAUGGCGGAGCACGCCGGUCGCGUCGACCACGUCGAAGAACAUACCAUCCAGUCCUCAUCACCCGAGAAACAGCCAGAGAUCAUCGUACCUCGUGCAGAGGGUCAGCCUGAGAAUGAAAAAAUCACUGGGCGGCUAAUCCUAGCGUUCGUUGCCUUGCUCUCUCAGGUGAUAUGUUAUGAGAAUACACUCCUCAUCCCGGGCUCCCUUUUGUCGUAUAUCAAUGCGGAUCUCGGACCAGAUCCUGCGUACACGUGGAUAUCGGUAUCCUGGUCUCUUUGCGCUGCUGUUAUGGUCAGUGUGGCUGGCCGCCUAGGCGAUAUCUUCGGCCGACGAUAUUUCAUGCUGUGCGGUAGCGCCAUUGCAUUCAUAGGAACAAUAAUUGGUGCUACCGGAAAGAGCAUUCCUCAAAUGAUAGUGAGCGGCGUCUUCUUUGGCUUCGCAGCAGGUAUCCAGGAGACCUACUACGCUUGCCUGAUGGAACUGGUACCCUACAAUAAACGAACUCUCUUCAUUGGUAUUGGAUGUGUUUGCGCAUUACCUUGCUUAAUCUCUCCCCUCAUCGCCUAUGGCAUGAUGGAACAUUUGAGCCUCGGUUGGAGAGCUCCCUACUGGUACAUGACGGCGUGGGCAGGAGUAGCUUUUCUCCUUUUGUUCUUCUUCUACCAUCCACCCAAUUUCGACACCAAGUACCACGGCGCUGGACGCCGCCUCGAGCUGGCCAGAGAGAUUGAUUUUGUGGGAUUGCUACUCUUCACCGCAGCUGCUGUCCUCUUUCUCGUGGGUCUCAAUUUCGGUGGUGGGAUUUACCCCUGGGCAUCGGCCAAUACCCUCGUGCCGCUCAUCCUCGGCCUCGUCCUCUGGGUCGUGUUUGGAAUAUGGGAAUGUUUCACAAAGUCGAAGCUGCCCCUGAUGCCGCCGCGGCUAUUUGUUCACGUUCGCUCUUUCGACGUCGUCCUGGCGGUGUCCUUCGUGAGCGGAAUGUUCUACUACAGCGUGCCUGUAAUCUGGCCGCGAAUAACGGCACUCCUGUUUGUCCCGGCCGGCAAAAUCAUCGUGCGUGGGGCCUACGCAACCAUUCCGAACUUGGGCACCUGGGUUGCCGGAAUCUCGCUGGUUCUGGUUUUCUCCAGAGUCAAGCAUGAAAGAUGGGUAAUUGUCUUCUGUCUGAUCAUCCAGAUAUCUCUUAUCGGGUCUCUGGCUUCUUUGGGAGUCAACGGCAACACCCAAGCCGUCGCCACUGUGUCGGUUCUGUCAUGUUUCGUCAACCAACCAUUGUUCCUAGCGUUUGUCAUCAUUUCCCUCCAAAUCGAGAAUCAAGUCGACAUUGGCAUUGCUUCGGGGAUUCUUUCUACAAUUCGUCUGAUUGGUGGUGCUGUGGGAACGGCGGUCUACAGCACCAUCCUCGCGGACACCUAUGCCUCACGUCUCGCGCAUAACAUCGAACAAGUCGUGGCCACGACCGGGUUUCCGAAGUCGGAGACAUCUCAGCUUAUCAAGGCAGCUGCCGCAAACACCGCCAAAGCCUAUCAGGCGGUACCCCAUAUCACGGGGGAAAUCAUCGAGUUGUGCCAGGUGGCGGUGAAGAGCGGUUACAUUCAUGCCGCUCACAUCGUCUGGCUGAGUGCCAUGGCAUUCGGUGGACUGUCGCUGAUCUGUGCCUUGUUCAUUCGGAGCCCAUCCGAGGCUCAGAGAACUGGGGCAAGAGCCGUCCAUCUCGAGAACGAGUUGUCACCGGCUACUAUGGACGAAGAAAAAUGA